AUGGAUGCUAGUGACAGCGGUGUAUGCGCCCUUCACCCAGCCCAGAAGCAGUUCAUCCAGGUCCAGUUCGACGCUACCGAACGGUUGAUGAUUCAAGAGGGCCGUUUUCCGAUCAACGUGCGGGAGCAGCUCAGUGCAGUUUGGGCCGUGUUGUGCUGGGGACACGAUUGGUGUCCCCGAUCGGCGGAGGGACUGACACAUAUCACGUUCUGGAUCGACAAUAGGGCAGCAGUGUCCUGGUGCAACCAUCUUAGCAGUCGCGGUCCCCUCGCGCAGGAGCUUAACCGGAUUCUCGGAGCUGUCGAAGCUCAAUGGUCACUGCGUGUCUCCGCGCAGCAUCUUCCCGGUGCGUGCAACACGAUGGCGGAUGCGGGGUCGCGAGCUUGGACCAAGAGGCACUCGGCUACGUGGCAAGUACUAACUGAAGGCUGCUAUUCGGAAGAUCUACUUGGCGAACUGUUCGCCCUUCAGCAGAAGUCCCUGUCUGAAGCAUCUCGCCGGCUGUAUGCAGGUUCCUGGCGGCAAUGGACUCAGUUUUGCAAACAGCUCGGUGUGUCACGGUGGCUGCCGUCCCGCGACUUCGGAGCCCAAUCGCUAUGCAUGGCUUUAUUCGCCGCUCAUUGCUGGUCCGGGAACGGUGGGCGUGGGCGGCUAUCCCCCAGCACGAUACAGUCUAAACUCUGCCAUGUGCGCUGGUAUCAUCGGGUCUUCGCCGGCUUCGACCCUCGGCUCGACGCACAUCAUGCUAUGGUUUUGUCCGGAAUACGACGGGCCAAUCCGCCACCAGCCCGCCGAGAUCCCGUCAUGCGCCCAGUGCUCAAGUGGAUCAUUGACAACCUCGACCUCAGCAAAGCCCAGCACCGCGUCAUUGGUGGGGCUGCGGUGCUGGGCUUCUUUUUUCUACUCCGAAGCGCAGAGUAUUUGUUGGUGCGGGGACGCAGAAGGGUGUACACGCUGCAAGUCAGAGAUGUCGUAGUCCGCGACGCGAACGGCCUCCAGACGCAGAGUGCUCGGCAAGCAUGCUCCAUUAAAGUAACGUUUCGAGGGCAGAAGAAUGACCAAGAGGGACACGGUAUGCAACGAGUUCUACGGAGAUCUGGUGACCAAAGAUUCUGCCCAGUCUGGGCUGGCACACUGCUGCUCCAAAAUGCGUCUCAGCUCAGGCUCAAAUCGACCGAUCCACUGUGCAGUCUGUCGACGACGAAGAUGCUGUCAGCUGAACUCAUGGCCAAGUUACUGCGGGCCGCUGCCAAGGCCACCGGCAACGAGGCGUCUCGAGUGCCGUGUCACUCACUCCGGAGCGGCGGAGCGACAACCCUGCUGGCGGCAGGAGUCGACAGCACGGUGGUAAUGCUACAUGGACGAUGGCGAUCUGAUGUGUACCAGCGUUACACGCGUUACACAGAUGCAACGAGGUCCCGACUUGCGGCGCGAAUGGCGAAACCGCGGAUUGAGCGCUGA